AACCUGCGACUGUGGCUCCCAUUCAUGCUUUCUCUCUCGUUGAACCUUCCCCCUUUCCACCGAUCAACCCAAUACUCCUCCGUUUGCAUAGAUCCGAUCAUUUCCACGUAAAUUUUUCGCAAACCAAUCGAACCCGUGUUCCAAUCUGUAGAUCAAAUCCCUUUCUCUUGUUCCAAUUUAUAGAUCGCGUAAUACCCACCUACUACGUAAACCCAUAAUCCCAUCGAAGCCCGAUUUAUUAUCUACUCUCCCUGAAUUUGGGUUCCAGUUUGCUCCUGCAUUCACUGCGUCUUCUUACAUAAAGAAAGUAGAUUUAUUUAUUUAUAGAAGAACAAGAUGAGUAGUACCCAGUUGGUGAAAGUACGGAAGGAGGCGCUUGCGGCAUGCAUGAAAUGCCCUCUUUGUCAUAAGCUCUUGAGAGAAGCUACUACUAUCUCGCUAUGUCUUCACACUUUUUGCAGGAAAUGUAUAUAUGAAAAACUGUCUGAUGAAGAUAUUGAUUCCUGUCCAGAAUGUCAUAUUAAUCUUGGUUGUGUUCCUGUGGAGAAGCUCAGACCAGACCAUAAUUUGCAGGACAUAAGAGCUAAAAUUUUCCCAUACAAAAGAAGAAAGACAAGGACUCCUGAAGUUUUACCUUCAGUUUCACCUCCAGUCAAGAGAAAGGAGAGAUCUUUGUCAUCGCUGGUUGUAAGCACUCCAAAAGUGCCAGUGCAUAGUGUUUUAACUGGGAGGAGAACAAAAUCCUCCACAAGAAAGAUAAAUAUCCGUGGGUCCUCCAUUGAGGAAUCCAUUAAAAAGGAAGCUGCUUUUGAAGAUUGUCAUGAGAGCUCAAGCUCUCACGAGGUUCUUAACAAACUUAUUCAAGAUAAAGUGCAGACCUCUUCUCCUGGAAAGCCUGCCCAAGAACAUAUACCUAAUAAAGAUGUGGGGAAAGAUGCUCAGAUGUGGAAAGGGAAUGUUGAUUUGUGGAAACCCUUGAACUGUCUGGUUGAAGCAGCAAACAGGACCAAGUCUUCUAAAUUGUGUCCUCAAGACUCGCCUUCUGGAAAACAUGAGCCACUCGAUGUUCCUGACUAUGAUAUGCAUCUACCUAAGACCAAAUAUAAAGAUCAACCACAAAAAUCAAAAUCUCAAGAUAACAAGAACCAAGCAAAUCCAGCUCCAGGACCAGUCAAACGCAAAAGAUUGCAUGCAGCUGAUCGAAAUAAUAAUAUGUCUGGUGGACUUAGUUCUUCCGCACAGUCUAUGAUUGGCAUUAUGGGAGCCAAGGAAAACAGACCAAACUGUCCAAUUUGGUUCUCUUUAGUCGCCUCACGAGACCAGCAGGAGAUUGCCUUGCCACAGAUCCCAGCAGGUUAUUUGAGGGUAAAGGAUGGUAAUUUGCCGAUCUCUUUCAUUCAGAAAUAUCUAAUGAAGAAACUUGAUCUAACAAGUGAAACUGAGGUUGAAAUAACAUGCCAAGGUCACUCAGUACUGCCAACUUUGCAACUACAGAAUGUGCUUGAUCUCUGGCUGCAAACAUCGCCCACAUCGAAGAAGGUUUCAGCUUCUGUGGGAAGCUCGGCCAAAGAGUUUGUAAUGGUUCUCUCCUACUCCAGGAAGAUCCAACUGCCAACAUAAGGAUGGAUGAUGUUCUUUUAUUAGCUGUUUUUAUCUUUCUUUUUUCUCUAGGUUUCCUGCUGGUAUACCUCAUAUGAUGACAGAAUAUGAAAAUGCUGUUUGGUUUUCAAAUUUUCCUACCAUAUUAUUGGAAUUUCCCAUAGUUAUUGUAAUAUAAGUUGCAUGAAAUCCCUAAUUCGUUGAAAACUCACCUUCCCUUUUUAUCGCCCUGAGAGCUCUGAACUCCUCUUCUGCUGUUCUACAUAGCUUGAAUGUCUACUAAGAGCAUUAAAAUUAUUACUCCACAUGAAAUCUAUAGAAUUGUUUAGCCUUAGAUA